CCACAAGCCCGUCGAAGGGCAGGAAGAAUGGACUGAAAGUCUCUGGAGCAGGCGCGGAUCCCACCGGCCCAGCCUCCUAGGGAACCAGCCUCACUUAGCUUGAGCUUGUUUUAUUUUUGUUGUCUUUUCUUUUUAUCUCGUAUGUUUUAAAAACCUCUUGGAAUUUCUGGGCGAUUUUGCAGUCAUGGAGGUAGCUCAGCCCAAGGACCUGGAGGAGGACUUUGGCCAGGCUAAGAAGAGACAUGCAGAGCUGUGCAGGCAGAAACGGAUCUUCAAUGCCAGGAACAGGAUCUUUGGGGGAGACAUAGACGCCUGGAAUGUUCAGGUUUGUGACCAGAAGAUAAGAGAAGCAACUGAGAAAGCUAGACAGGAAACAUUUGCUGCUGAAAUGAGGCAGAAUGACAAGAUCACAUGCAUAUUAGAAGACCGGGCAAGGAGAGAUAGGAAAAAUCUCUGUAAAGCUAUCAAUGACUUCCAGCAGAGCUUUCAGAAGCCAGAAACUCGCCGUGAAUUUGACCUCUCUGACCCCCUUGCCCUUAAGAAAGAUCUUCCAGCCCGGCAGUCCGAUAAUGAUGCUCGGAAUACGGUGUCAGGAAUGCAGAAAUUCAUGGGAGAGGAUUUAAACGUCCAUCAGAGGAGGAAAUUCCAAGAGGAACAAAACAGAGAAUGGUCCUUGCAACAGCAAAGGGAGUGGAAGAUUGCCCGUGAGGACCAAAAACACGCCGAGGAUCUCUACUUGGAGACCAGGCUGCAGUUUGAUGAAACAGCCAAGCAUUUACAGAAUCUGGAAGGCACCACCAGAAAGGCGGUUUGUGCAGCUGUGAAAGAAUUCAACAAGAACCAGGCCUUGGAGUCAGCGGAAAAGAAACGUCAAGAGAGAAAACAGGAAGAAGAGGACAACUUGGCCGAGAUCACCAACCUGCUGCGUGGGGACCUGCUGUCGGAGGACCCGCAGCAGGCAGCCAGCUCCUUCGGGCCCCAUCGCGUGGUCCCCGACCGCUGGAAGGGCAUGACCCACGAGCAGCUGGAGCAGAUCCGCCUGGUUCAGAAACAGCAAGUCCAGGAGAAGCUGAGGCUCCAGGAAGAGGAGCGCCAGCGAGACAUGGACUGGGACCAGCAGAGGGUUCAGAGGGCUCGCGCCACCUUGCUGUCGGAGCGGCAGCUGCAGCGCCAGCAGCGUGCGCUGCGCAGAGCCCUGGACGGCAGCAACCUCAGCCUGGCCAAGGAGCUGCUUUUGCAGAAAAAAUAUAUGAAGGAAAUCUAUACAAAUCAGCCCACUGAAGAUUAUUUCACACAAUUUAAUACAAGAAGUCGAUAAUGAAAAGGCCACCUGCCUUCCUGCUGAAUUGUAUAAAGUGCUGUACCCUUAAAGAGUCCCAUGUGUUAAAAAAAAAAUGCGCUUUGGUCCAGAAGGACCCUUCAACUUAAUUUUUCCACUGUCGUCAAAACUUGAUUAAACCUCUCCCUGCAUUUC